UUGCAAUAAUAUCUCGUGCUCAAAUGGUUUAUCUGUCACAUUUUUCUCAUCAAUAUUUUUAUAACAUUUCGUUACAAACUCCAGAUUAUUGUUGGCUUAAAGAUUGAACUUUAUUUUAACUUGUAUUAUUUAUAUAAGGUUUAACCAUCAUUCUGAGUCAUAGUUCUGAUCUGAUAUGUGUACGUAAGUCUAUUUCAGGUACAAAAUGCGAUGCAAAACUUUUUUCUUGUAAUUAAAAUGUUUUACCCGAAUAUGUAAAAGUAUUGGACGAACUUUUAGGUUAACGGUAUGAAAAUGUUUUUAAACCCUAUUUAUUAACAGGUACAAAAUCCACAAUGAAUACUUCACUAUAAAACGUCACACUAUGUUAAAACCAGCAUAACCUCCAUAAUUUCGUAUGCGUACAAGUACAAGGAGACUGAGCUUUAAGGAUUUACGAAAUCCGAUUUUAGCACAAGCACCUGAAUUUGUGGUAACAUUUUAAAAGCCUUUCGACACCCGUCACCCAAUGACAUUCAAGUCUGUUGUAUGCUUCAUUCCACGAGAUAUGUAAAUCUUGUGAAUUGCAUAUGUUAAAUAUUUCGAGUGCUAAUUUGGAAAGUAAGUCGCAAUGAAAUUGAAACCUUAAAUUUUAAAGAUGCAACAAGUCCUUCGACAAUUUCAAGUUGUUAGCACGAAUAAAACAUGUAACGAAAUAGUUUAAUACUUUUAAUAGACUUUAAGGAUCAGUGAGACGCUGGCAGCUUAACCUGUUGACGUCAUAUUUUCAAACGCAUGGCUACAAGAAAUUAUUUCAGUUAGUUUUAUAAUUCGGUUGAUUUCUUAUUUUUGAAAACACUUGAAUAAUUAAUUUCGUAAUCGGUGGAGCACGACUAAAAUUCUAACUUGUUUGUGAUAAUUGUUACUACAUUUUGAUUUGCAUGUUGUAGCUCGUAGAAAACUUGACUAAAUUUCCUUGACGGAAUCCUUGAUAGCGUUGAAAUUGAGUAUAAUAUUUGACUGCAUCUUGGGAAAAAGCUAGUCCAGAAAAUAUGUAUUUACACACACGAAUGAACGUUGCGUGCGAACUUGGAUCAUGUUCUUAGCCUACGAAUUUAUUACGACUCUGUCAGCCUAAGGUUCAGGUCAGGUAUCAAAAAUACGUCCAAUACUUGGCUUCCAUUGGAGUCCAGUUGUAACGCGGGUAAAAUGGCACCAUUGCCAAUUUCCGAGCAUGCAUCCCCCUGCAAAAAUCAUACGGCGUCGAUAGAAGUACUGCGACAAGAGGCUAAAGAUUCGAUGGGGGAAGUGGAAGAAUUAAUUCCCGAAAGAAUUAGGCAAAUGAAAAGGAUUUUGGCGAAUGAUAAAGAAUUAGUACUGCAUCCGCCAUCAUUCGAUGAAUUUUACCUGAGAUGCAUCCGGGCAAAAAAAUAUGAUUUGGAGCGUGCUGCGCGUCUGUAUCAGAAAUAUUGUCGAUUAAGAAUGGACGGAGCUUCUGAUUUUAUCAUGAAAUUGAAACCUUCUUCCUUACUCCAUGUAAUCAACAGCAAAUAUUGUUCCACACUGAAAACGAGGGACAGUUUAGGGCGACAAAUUAUUUUUAUGCGAAUGGAAAAAUGGAGCGAUAAAAACGUCACACUUGAUGAUGUCCUCCUUACCUUAUUUUUAAUGAUGGAUGAAAUGACCGUUUCGUCAGAUACUCAGCUUUUUGGCUUUGUUGUGAUCAUGGACUUUCGAACAUUGAGUGUUUGGCAUGCAGCGCAAGUACGUCCAGCUCGACUUCAAAUUUUAAUCAAAAUUUUGCAGGAUUCAUACCCAGCAAAAUUCACAGAGUUUCAUAUAAUUAAUAAUCCGCAAAUAUUUGGUGCAUUGUUCUCAGUGGCAGCUUUUUUCAUGAAAGAAAAAAUGCGUCGGAGGAUUCAUUUUCACGGCACUAACUUGACAUCACUUCAAAAUAUGCUGAAACUGGAAGUUGAUCAGCUUCCUCUUUUUUUGGGAGGUCCAUUGUCUGACGAAGAAUAUGACGAUCCAUCCUUGGCACAAAGGGUCGUGAAGAAGGAUGCUUAUUAUGACGAGCAACUUAAAUUUGGAUAUGUUCGUAAAAAAUGAUGUCAUCGGAGCCAUGCAAGUUUUAGUAGUGCUAUCAGAAAACUGGUAACAAAUUCAGGCCAGGAAGAAAUACAUUAUGCUUUAUUAUUAUAUAAUAUGUACAUACAAUGUAAAAUAGAGAAUUUUGCUUUAUAAAUUUUGUACGAAUAUUUAUACUCACGGAAACAUGAAUAUAAUAUUAAUAUGAACCACCGGUUCACUGUGUUAUCAAUAUUCAGCAAAACAUUAAUUUAAAAUCUCAGAGUACGAUGACUUCAAUAAAAAUAACAAAAUUUUUUUACUC